UACCUUGGCUUUUGUGAUCUUGGAGCAUUUAGCAAAAGCAUAUUCUUUAUCCUGGGUGUAUGAAGAUCUUGUAGCAUUUCCUCAGUAUAAAAUCAUUCUUUCUAAUAAACAAAUCCCAAAUAGUAGUCUUGAAAAUUUUGUAUUUGACGAAGUACAAUCGGAAAAUAGCAUAGUUCCCUCCGUAUCUAAGGAUAAUUCGAAGGAUGGCGCUGAAUCUAAAUUAACUUCAAUAUUAAUGCGUUCAGCUUCUGGACAACCUUAUCUCUGUCAGAUACCAUUCGUUGUCAACCAAACCGCUGUAGAAGAAAAUAAGCAAGAAGAAAAGAGAGACGAUGUUGACCUUAUGAAGAAAGGCCUUGCGCUUUUAGAACCUAUGAAGUCUAAUUGUCUUGUUUUUCAACAUGGUUGGUGGACCUACGAAUACUGUCAUCUUAGUCAUAUGAGCCAGUAUCAUAUACAACCUGGGUUCGAGGAACCGAGAUCUACUUAUAUUUUGGGACAAUAUUCUUUUCGUUUUGACUCGUUACCACCUUCGAAUAAAGAUAGUAAUGAUAAGAAACAUUCCUUUGGUACAGAUUUGCAGGUUGGCAGUGGUAAAAAAUAUUUGGUUCAACGUUGGGGUGGCGGGUCAACGUGUGACUUGACAGGUAAACCUAGACAAGUUGAAAUACAAUUUCAUUGCAAUCCGCAAUCCGGCGAUAGUAUUGCUGUAGUAAAGGAAAUGUACACUUGUAAUUACCUUGUAAUUAUUCACACUCCAAGACUAUGUAAUGAUUCCGCAUUUCUUAGCAAAACUUCCUCCAAGGUUAAUCAUAUAGAAUGUUAUCAAAUAGUAUCUGAUGAAAAGUAUAAACGUAAUAUGGCGAAAGAACCAAAGAGUUUGGAAAGCAGUCCUCAAGAAAUGGAGUCGAG